AAGAAAUCACAGCCCCCGCCCAUACUCUGUGACAGGACUCGCACUCUUUCCCCCCCCCCAAACACCCACACACACACACUUCCUGAGCCGAGAGCACGCUCCCCCUCCUUGGAAGGACACAUACCCCACACUCGCAGAGAUCUCGGACUCUGACCUUGCAGCAACAUGGCAACAGAGACCGAGAGUACAUUCAGCAACUCUCCAGCAGAACUUGACAACAGUACUAGUAACAUGUUGUCUGGAGAUGAAGAUCAAACACAAGCCAUUAUGCUACCAAAUGAAAUCAAUGGGAAUUGGACAUCACGUGAGACAUCCAUUCAUGAAGCUCGACUCAAGGCUAAAGCCAAAAGACGUUUGAGGAAGAACUCUUCUCGGGAUUCUGGACGAGGAGAUUCCCUCAGUGAUAAUGGGGAGAGUAGUCGGAAUGUUGUUCCCACUAGCCCGAAAGGAAAAAUGUUGGACAGGAAGUCACGGAUGGGAAAAGGAAGAGGACUGCCCAAGAAAGGUGGAGCAGGCGGGAAGGGUGUUUGGGGGACACCUGGUGAGGUGUAUGAUUUGGAGGAAGUGGAUGUCAGAGAUCCCAAUUAUGAUGAAGAUCAGGAGAAUUGCGUGUAUGAAACAGUGGUACUUCCCUUAGAUGAAGGGGUCUUUCAGAAAACUGUGACUCCAAUUGUGCAAGAAUACUUUGAACAUGGAGACACUAAUGAAGUUCUGGAGCUGCUGAAUAACUUGAAUCUUGGGGAAAUGAAGUGCACUGUGCCAGUGUUAGCAGUAUCAUUAGCUUUAGAGGGGAAAGCCAGCCAUCGUGAGCUCACCUCUAGACUUCUGUCUGAUCUGUGUGGCAAAGUACUCACCACAAAUGAUGUGGAAAAAUCCUUUGAUACGCUGUUGAAGGAUUUGCCAGAAUUGGCCUUGGAUACUCCUGGAGCACCUCAGCUUGUGGGCCAAUUUAUUGCAAGAGCUGUGGCAGAUGACAUCCUGUCAAAAAGUUACAUUGAAAGUUACAAAGGGAAAGUGGAUUGUGAGAAUGCCAGAGCUGCCUUGGGUCGAGCCGCAGUGUUGCUGAGUAUGAAGAGAGGUGGUCUGCGUCUGGACAAUGUAUGGGGAACAGGGGGAGGACAAAGGCCAGUUGAACAACUUGUCCAAGAGAUUGACAUGUUAUUGAAAGAAUACCAAGUGUCUGGAGACUGCGCAGAAGCAGAACACUGCCUUCAGGAACUCGAAGUACCACACUUUCACCAUGAACUGGUGUACAAGGCUGUAGUGAUGGUUCUGGAAUCAACUGGAGAAACUACCUUCAAAAUGAUCCUGAAGCUACUUAAAUCCUUGUGGGAAUCAUCUGUCAUUACAGUGGACCAAAUGAACAGAGGUUUUGAGAGAGUGUACAAGGAAAUUCCUGAUAUUCAUUUAGAUGUGCCGCAAGCUUACACAGUAAUGGAAAGGUUUGUGGAACAGUGCCAUCAAAUGGGGAUCAUCGUGAAAGAGCUGAGAGAUCUUUGUCCCUCCAGGGGACGGAAACGCUUUGUAAGUGAAGGAGAUGGUGGACGCUUCAAAUGAGGACAUUGACAAAGGUGACCAAGCACACGUUCCUGCAGUUUUUUUGACUUUUGUUUUUGUGCAGUCGACUUCUUGAUUCUAGCUUUUCACUCCUCAAACCUCAUAUUGCCAUGGGUUAAACCUCAUGGGUUAAAGUGCAUUUGCUAUGAAAAUUGAAUGAAAAAGCAUUUACGUAUGUGGGGUAUAGGUUUUGGUUUUCCCCAAGGGUGGGGGAAAUGAAGAAUUGACAGCAGUACCACACCUUGUGGUCCAUGAAAGAAAGCUCCUUAAGGAUUUAUGUAACCUGAUCAUUCCACAGUCUUGUACAAACUUUACUGCCAAGCCUUUCUGAAUACUGGUUUUCAAAAGGACUGGCUUAAUUGCCGAAAUCUCUGAAUGGGUCACACGUGCUGUUUGUAAUGAAUCUCUCUUUCUUAGCUGCUAAUGCUAAAAAUGCAAUGCUUCAAGUAGUUUAAAAUAAAAAGCUGGAUUGUACCUUUUUUAUUUGUGUACAGUUUCCAGCAGAAUGUACAAACUGUCCAAUUGUUUUAUGGUACAAAUAACUUGUGGCAUUAAAUUGAUUUUGAAGAUGGAAUCUUAGAGUGGAUGUACUCUUCCUCCUUGCAGAAAAUGAAAAUCAAUAAAGUUGGUUUUUAAAGGUUUAGA